CUAUCGUCAACACGGCCAUCUUGACCAAGAAUAAAUUCAGAAGGCUCCCUGUGUCUCUCUUCGACGUAUUGUAAACAGCAUACAUACAUAAGUACCUUCGCAACACCCAACUAUUACUCUCCAUACUCGAGCAAUCUACCAUCGGACAUAUCAACACUCUUAGCAAGAUGAACGCUGAUACUGUAUACAAGCAAGUUCAAGCCCAUUAUGGUUCCAUUGCUCAAGCCGAAAACCCCUCACAUUCUAGCGCCAUAGCGCAAGCAUUCGGCUACACCGAAGAGGAACUCAAGAGCAUCCCUCGCGACGCCAAUCUUGGUCUUAGCUGUGGAAACCCUCUCGCAAUAGCGAGCCUUCGUGAAGGCGAAACAGUGAUUGAUCUCGGCAGCGGCGCGGGGUUUGACGUCUUUCUUGCUGCGAAGAAGGUUGGCCAGAAUGGUCGUGCCAUUGGCGUAGACAUGAACAAGAACAUGCUUGCCCGGGCUCGCGAGAACCAUCAGAAGUCGGGAGGCGCAAACAAUGUGUCCUUCAUCGAGGGAAAAAUCACGUCCAUUCCACUUGAAAACACUAUCGCGGACUGUAUUAUAUCAAAUUGCGUCAUCAACCUGGUGCCCGAGGCUGAAAAGCCGGCCGUUUUCACGGAGAUUGCCCGAUUGCUUAAGCCAGGCGGACGAGUUGCUGUUUCGGACAUUCUCGCGAGAAAACCGUUUCCAACAGAGCUUCGAGAGAGCGUUGCGGCCUACGUAGGUUGUGUGGCUGGAUGCAGUCCAAAGCAAGAUUAUGAACGGUUUCUAGCCGAGAACGGAUUUAGUGACAUCGCAAUUAUAGAUACGGAGAGUGAUCUGAAUGUGUACAUUGACAUGUCAUCUGAAAGAAACCAGGAGAUUGAGCAAGCCUCAGGCUGCUGCGGCUCAUCAACUGCAGAAUCUGUUUCUGGGACGGUGCGAGCAACACCAUGUUGCUCUGAACUUCAUCCAACAACGACCGAUGAUGUGGGCGCUCAUCGGAGUCUUGCGAAUAUUGAUCUUAACGAGUGGGCUGGUUCUUUCAAAAUCUUCGCGGUCAAAUCGUAG